CUCACAGCAUUCGAUUAGUUGAAGUUUGUUGAUUAGCGCCGCAGCUUGUCAGCGUCACGCCAGCUAAAUAACAGCAACGUUUGCAUAGUGUCAACGCGCACAAAUUGAGUGUCAUACUCAAAAAAUAAGAAAAAGAAAAAAAAGGAACCAAACUACUAAAAUUGAAGUGAAAAUUUGCCAGCAAAAACUUUUCAAUCCCGCAAAACAUCCAAUAUAUGUGUGUAUGGGAGCUCGAUGAGGUCACGCGCACCAUGUAAAUAACCGAAAAAUUGUUAAAAGUUUUUGACACAAAUCAAAAUUGAGUUUGCGCAAGUCGCAAGCGUUGACCAAGAGCGGAGCGCAGUGCGGCUUGAGUAUAGAAAAUAGGAAAGUUAAACGAGACAGUGAAUAAAGUGAAUAAAACUAUUCAAACAUUUAUGUGACGCCGACCGACAACGUGGGCAAUAGUGACGUGAGUACAUUGCUGGAUUUGUGGUUCAUAACAAUGUUUGCGCUUGACAAGAACAUUCAUCAACGUCCACAUCAUAGUGGGAGAUGUCAACUUUACGCACUCAAAAUACUUUUAUGCGCUUUUCUCGUAACUCUACAGUGUCUGCGCGUGCAGUGCGACGACUUGAGAGCGUAUAAAUAUAUUUCCAAAGCACGUGAGAGGGAAUUGGAGACCCUGGCGUUGCGCAUAAAUGCCUCUGUGAAUCCGGAACGAAUGCCUUGUGAGAGCUUUUACGACUAUGUUUGCAGUUACAAUAAGCCGCUCUUUACGAUUUUGGGCCAUCAACCUGAAUUCACGGAUCUUAUGAAAUUACUCACCGAGCUGCAGCAGGACACGGAGAAAUUCGAUGCCAAAGACAAAAUGAUGGAUUUCUUCAUCUCGUGUAACUCGAAGAAAAUGCUCGAGGAUUGUUAUCGUGAAACUUUCGAAUAUUUUAAGCCGCUCUUCGGCUAUAUCAUCAGUAAGAACUACGUUGGCGCCAAUGCGCCGGAACAUCAAACAUUCCUACACCUGCUGGAGAGCUUCCUCUACAAGGCAGCGCAAACACAUAAUUUCAUGCACCAUCCGAUACGUCACCGCUUGCUGACACUGCGCGAGAAGUUUCGCUUGCCACAGAUCUAUUUUCGCCCACACGAUUUGAGCGCCGAAUAUGCGCCCCUGCUGAUGUACCGCGAGAGUUAUAAGCACAAUGUACGCAAUUUGGAGUUGCAUCGUCGUCACAACUCGACCUUUGAACUGGGUGUGGAGCGUACAAUGUUGGAGUGGACUUUGUAUUUGUAUCAGAGUCGCAAUAUGCCGAUGUCUUACUACUAUCCAACACUGAAUGUGCACUUGUGGAUGACUUUGUACAAUACGACGGAGCGUGAUCGUGAGCCGAAGCGUGUACAUGAGUUGGCUGAGUGUCUGAAGUUGCCGCCGUACGUGCAUGUGUUGGAUGAGGCGCGUGUGCUGGCUGUGAUUUAUCUGAAGGCUUUCCAAAAUGCUUGGAUUGACUAUAGUAAUUGGAUCAAACCUGACAUCUCGAGCGUCAACAAUGAAAUCUACAAUAGCGAGAAUAGGAAACUUCAGCGUUUCGGCUUGGAUAAUAAGAAAAUAUUCUUCAUUUUGUAUGCGCAAAACUUUUGUGAGUUUGGCAAAGAGUUGGCUGAGAAUAUCUUUUAUUUGGGUAUGAAACAGAAUCGCGAUUUUGCCGAUAGCUUCCAAUGUGUGCUCCCACCAGGGCCGCGCAUGCCUUGUGAUGUGUAGUGCUGGUUAAAGAAAGGCAUUACGAUUUUUUAAUAUAUAUUUUUACUUACUGCUUAAGGGGGUUUCAUGUUCGAUAUAAUAGAUACUUGUAGAUUCUUACUCGCUAUGGUUUUAAAUAAACAAUUUGAUUACUGUUUCCAACACAACAAUAUAAAAAAGUUUCCAAAAGAAUUUCAUAUAUAAAAGUCUUAUGUCCGCUUGGAAAAAUCCAGUAAUUUCUAAAAAUCUUCAAGAGUUACCAAGCCGAUUGACUUGAAAUUUAGUCAGAUUGCUUCUAUGAUACCUGGGAAGGGUUUUACGAAUGCUAGUUAUGGCGCGAUUUACUUGAAAUUCGGUACGUAGGUGUCUUUUUGC